AUGCCACCACACCUAUCAAGGAAUCUGGGGUGGCUUCCCUCAUCGAUUUGGGGACCUCAAUUGAUCACCACCAAUGUUCCUGUGCGGACAUUCGGUAUCAAAUCGUUGAACCCUCCCAAAACCAGCCGAUUCAAUGUUGGUCCCGAGCUGCCCGUCCUCAAGUCUACCCCCACUGCGGCCCUCGAACGCAAGGCCAAUACAAUUCCUCUCCGGAGUGGUGCCAUUGCGAUUAAGAAAGGAAUGACCGGUAUAUACGAUGCAACCUCCGGCAAGCGUAUCGCCUGCACCGUCUUGCAGCUCGACCGAGUGGAAGUCGUCUCGCACAAGACGCGCCAAAAGCAUGGCUACUUCGCCGUCCAACUGGGCUCCGGCUGGAAACACCCUAGCAACAUAACUAAAUCCCUCCUGGGUCAUUUCUCCGUCCACGGGCUCUCUCCGAAGCGACACGUCUACGAGUUUCGGGUCAAGGACGAGAGCGGCCUCUUGCCUGUCGGUCAAAUGGUCAAUGCGGACUGGUUUCAGGAAGGCCAGUACAUCGAUGCACGAUCCAACUCGAAGGGUAAGGGAUUUGCGGGUGUGAUGAAAAGGCACGGAUUUGGUGGUCAGGAUCGCAGUCACGGUGUCAGUUUAACACAUCGUUCUCUCGGUUCUUCGGGCCCCGGUCAGGGCGGUGGUUCUCGUGUGUAUCCCGGGAAAAAAAUGGCUGGAAACAUGGGCAACGAGCAAAAUACGGUGCAGAACUUGAAGAUCCUUAAGGUUGAUGCGGAGAAUGGAAUUGUUGUUGUCAACGGUGCUGUCAGUGGACCCAAGGGAUGCAUGGUUAGAAUACAAGAUGCGAUCAAGAAGCCCUGGCCUGAAAUGCCAACGUCAACUUGA